AGCCACAGCCUUUUCGAGCGGAAGGCAGCAUGUCUCAUCGGAAGUUCCACGCGCCCCGUCACGGCUCGACGGGCUUCUUGCCGCGCAAGAGGUGCGCCCGUCACCGUGGAAAGGUCAAGUCCUUUCCUAAAGAUGAUAAGGCAAAGCCCGUACACCUGACAGCCUUCCUCGGCUUCAAAGCUGGCAUGACCCAUAUUGUGCGUGAGGUCGACAAACCCGGGUCAAAGGUAAACAAAAAGGAAGUCGUCGAAGCGGUCACCAUUAUUGAGACACCUCCCAUGGUUCUUGUUGGCGUCGUCGGCUAUAUAGAGACUCCGCGUGGCCUUCGUGCUCUGAAGACAGUGUUUGCCGAGCACCUGUCUGAGGAUGCCCGCCGCAGGUUCUACGCUAAUUGGUAUGCUUCGAAGAAAAAAGCCUUCUCAAAGGCUUCCCUUAGGUGGCAGAGUCCUGAUGGUUUGAAAUCGAUCGACCGUGACUUCAAGAAGAUGCAGAAGUAUUGCACUGUCAUCCGUGUGAUCGCUCACACCCAGAUGUCCCUGCUGAAACGCCGUCAAAAGAAGGCUCACAUUAUGGAAAUCCAGCUCAACGGGGGCACCAUUCAACAGAAGCUUCAAUGGGCUCGUGAGCAUAUGGAGAAGGCCGUUCCCAUAAAGAAUGUGUUCGCUCAGGACGAGAUGAUUGAUGUCAUUGGUGUAACCAAAGGUCACGGAGUGAAGGGUGUUACUUCGCGUUGGCACACCAAGAAGCUGCCGAGGAAGACUCACAAGGGUCUCCGUAAGGUGGCCUGUAUUGGGGCCUGGCAUCCUUCUCGCGUCCAAUUUACCGUUGCUCGAGCUGGUCAGAAAGGAUAUCACCACAGGACUGAGAUCAACAAAAAAAUAUACCGCAUUGCUGAUGGAUUUCACUCAGUCGAUGGAAAGCUCGUCUUUAACAAUGGAUCCACAGAGUAUGACCCCACCACAAAGUCGAUCAACCCUAUGGGCGGAUUCAAACAUUACGGCGAAGUAAAGCAAGACUUUAUCAUACUUAAGGGCUGUGUUAUGGGUCCUCGUAAGCGUGUAAUUACCUUACGAAAGUCGUUGCUCCCUCAAACCAAGCGUGCCGCCACCGAGAAGAUAACACUUAAGUUCAUCGACACCUCGUCGAAAAUGGGCCACGGUCGCUUCCAGACCGCCGAGGAGAAGAUCGCCUUCAUGGGUCCGCUCAAGAAGGAUCGCGUGCGUGCCGAGGAAGCGGCUGUUGCUGCUCUUGCCAGCAAAGCCUAAACUUGUUAACCUGCAUUCAUCUGGAAACCGAAACUACUGCGCAUAUUACCGUAUAUAAGGACGUCCGAAUGCUGCUGUUAUUACGCUGGUACAGCAGUAUAUGGGUUUGCAGCUUCACAUGCGCGCAAGGAUGAACAAUAAAGGACAGACCGAUCCUAAUUCUGAACCCGA